ACACAAACUUUUGUUCUUUAUGGCUAAUUUAUUUUUUAACUCCUAGCUACUUUUAACUCUUGGCUAGUUUUUAUUUCGUCUAUUGCUAAACAUUAGAAUUUACUGGUUAUAUUGUAUUGUUUUUUGUUUGUUUGUUGCCCAUGUUCUGGCUUUGAUACACGUCAAAUGCAAAACCUAAACGAUAUCGUCCUCUGUAACCACACGAGGGCGGUAAAGUGCCACAGAAAGUGUUUCAUUGCGGUAGUCGUCGUUGUAUUUAAGGUAAUACCAGUUAAAACAGUGUACAUACAGGAAUUAUAUGUUACAGAUAUGGGUUAAUAUUCUAGUUUCUGGUGGAUGUCGAAACUACCAGGAAACCUUUCCCACACAACACCUGUUGGCAGCCGAAAAAGGUUUGACUUAACUGAAAAGUAGAAGUGGUGAGAAAAGAGUGAGACACUGGAUGUUGUCACACUGUCUGGGACGACGAUGGAAGCAGAAGACCAGGUCUACACCAACAUAAAAUCAAUCAAAUCCAAAGCUCAUGUAGGAGCGUCAACAAAACCCAAUGGUAAAAAAAGACCUUUUUAUAAAUGUCUGCUUUCGUACUGUUUUUUUGAAAUAUCUCUUUUGACUGUUGACUGAUUCCUCUGUCCAGGCCGGCGACGCACUGACAAGAGAGGUUAUGAAGUUGCUAUUAUCACUCUGGGCCUCCUCUCCGUUUUCCUGCUGGCUGGUCUCAUUGUCCUCAGGGUCCAAUACAGCGACUCCAAGCAGCAUUUGGCAGCAGUUACAGCAAACAUGAGCCAGUGUCUUCAGUCUGUAGGAAGAAUGGAUUUGGCCAGAAUACAGCUGACUGCUCAAAUCAAUGAAGUGUCUCAAAAGCUGGACAUCGAACGUCAAAGUUGUAAAAGAAACCUUUUUGGAAGAAGGACGUAUAAGUAAAUGGUUGCCAGAGUGGACUGAGGAUCUUUCUAUUCUUCAGAAAACUAUGAUAAAGAGGAAGUUGGUUACUUUUUAUAUUUGCAGGUUGUUUUGUGCAUUUUCAGGAAGUCUAUCAUUCUGCUUUUGAAGUCCAGUGUAAAUGAGUCACACUUGUGACUUUAGUUUUGCAUUUUCUGGUUUCUGAGAUAUAUUCAUUUCUGUCAUUCUUGUUAGCUUUUUCUUCCACUCAAAGUGAUACUUUAGAGACAGUAUAAAUUAAAAAAAACCCAACAUAAAGUAUAUCCAAGGUUAUUAAACAGAACCUUAAAAUACAAUAUAUAUUUUCAUUAUCCUUCUGUUGUCAUCAAUAUAAUGCUGCUUCUUCAAGUUCUAUGCGUGAAAGGAUAAAUGAAAACAGGAAGUGAAUCACUUCUGCAUCUUGUUGCAAACCAUGUAUAUUUAUAUACAUACCACAUAACACCUGACCAAUCAGACUUAACCUAACAUUUUGAGUGCAUUGGAAAGUGGAGGUAGAAAAAUAAAUAUCCACUCUACCUCACAUCCACGGUGUUUUAACUAUACCAUAAUUUAGCAAAAGAUACUAAAGCAAUACAAAUUAGGUGCUCCUAGUCAGAUGUGCUUGUACUUCAGGUAUUACGGUAAAAGGUAUUCUCAUAUCAGUACAUUUUUAUUUUUACAACCAUUUUUAAAAAUAAAACUAUGCAAUUAAGCCGACAUAUUAUUAUACAAUAAAAACCGAAACAUUUAUGUGUGAUGUUUUCUGCGUGCACCCGCAAACACUCACUUCCGCAAAGUUCGAUAAGAAAAGAAAUCCAAAGUUAACUUCACAUUCAUCUGAGCUGACGAUGGAAGAAGACCCCGUCUACGGCAAUGUCGAAAUCUUCAGAAAAGUUUACGUAGAACCUCGAAAAGAGAAAAAAGGUCUUGGAAGCUCUGACCGGAGAACUGUUGGAGUGGCUGUUGUCUCACUGGGUGUCCUCUGUGUUCUCUUGCUGGUUGGACUCGUCUACCUCGGUGUCCACCAUAAGUCCACAGUGGAUGACCUGACAGAACAUCUCCAGACCUGUGAGAACACGUCCUCAUCUCUGAGUGUACAGAGGGACCUGGAGAACCAAGAGCUGCAGAGGCUUCGGAGUCAAUUCACCGGAAUGAUGUUCUGCCCGGCCGGAUGGUUGAUGUUUGAUUCUUCUUGCUAUGAGUUUUCCAAUUGGACCCGUUCGUGGGAUGAUAGUAGGAUAGAAUGCCGUAAGAGUGGAGCAGACCUGGUAAUUAUAAACAGCCCUAAAGAACAGGAAUUCCUCUACAAAAUGUUCAAACACAACUCUUGGAUGGGUUUAUCAGACAGAGACAGUGAGAGAAACUGGAAAUGGGUUGAUGGAAGCCCUGUCUCUGUGAAGUAUUGGCGGGACAACCAGCCAGAUAAUGGCGGUGGAAACUCAAAAUAUGGUGAAGAAGACUGUGGAGCUUUCGAGAAAGUCAUUGUGGUCAGCUGCCAAGUUACCACUAAGGUGCCCCACACACUGCUCCACGGGCAGCUUAAAGCUGCACUCUGUUCACUUUGUUGGUGGGUGAUUAGUGUGCAGUGGUGAGCUUCCAUUUCCUUUCCUUCCUUAGAUCAGUUAACACUGACUUUUGUAAGUGGGUAGAACAAAGAGAAAGAGACCAAAUGUAGAAAUAAAUUGGUCUUCAAUGGCCCCCUCUAGUGCUCACAGGUAGCUGGGCUCGUAUCAUUCCGGUGUCUUAGCAGGCACGUUUAUUUGAACUGCACAAACCAGCACUGUGGCAGCACAAAUGAUACAGCCUAAUUUGGAGUGAUUUGGACGUUAAGGGGCACAGGUGACGUCACAUGUCAGAACUUUUUUUUUUUAAUUACUCCAAAGCCUUAAUAGCACAAACGAAAUUUUCUACGGCACAAACGAACAACAUCGCUAUUUCAAUAUUUUAGAAGAUGGGGGGGGGACAGCUUUACAAAGGUGACAAAGGUGGUGGUUGGAUUAACGUGCCACGUCAUGUAGUAAAUAUUAAAGAAUCAGCAGUUUAUCACAUCGUGUGAUUUUCACCAAAGAUCAACCUUCACCUGCUUCUAUGUUUUUCACUGUAUAACUGAUGUAAGAAUCAUCGUUUCCUCAGAAGGUCAACUUUACCUGGAGUCAGCAAUGAGUGUACUUUGAAGCUAGGCUGCGACAGUCUGACUAACAUCAUUCUCAGUGAAAAUGUGGACGACUGCAGACUGAUUAAUAUUGGUGUUUCGACGGCAACUCACGAAGCGUUCUACACACGGCUGUCAAGAUUCACAGUCAUGAUGGAAAUUCAACGAAUUUGGACUUAUAGAUUUGCAUUUUUCUUCAUAUUUUUUCCAUAUUUUUAAUUCCAUCAUUUGGAUUUGUCACAAAUGAAACAGAUGUGAAUCCC